GGCUUGGCCCGCGCGGGCGGGCGGGAGAACAAGAGGGGCUCCGGGGCCGUGCGUCGGGGUCCGGGAAACGCAGGCUGGAGCUCGGGACAGCAGUGGGGCCGAGGCACCAUGUGGAUCCAGGUUCGCACCAUGGAUGGGAAGGUGGCCCACACUGUGGACUCCUUGUCCAGGCUGACUAAAGUGGAAGAGCUGAGGAAGAAGAUCCAGGAGCUGUUCCAUGUGGAGCCAGGCCUGCAGAGGCUUUUCUACCGGGGCAAGCAGAUGGAGGACGGCCACACGCUGUUUGACUACGACGUCCGCCUGAACGACACCAUCCAGCUGCUGGUCCGGCAGAGCCUCGUGCUGCCCGCCCCCAGCGGCGGUGGCCCCGGCGGUGGCAGCAAGGAGAGGGACUCUGAGCUCUCCGACACGGACUCCGGCUGCUGCCUGGCCCAGAGCGAGUCCGACAAGUCCUCCAACAGCGGCGAGGCGGCCGCCGAGCCGGAAGGGAAGGCCGACGAGGAGGAGUGGGACGAGACGGAGCUGGGCCUCUACAAGGCUGGCGAGUACGUGGACGCGAGGGACACGAACAUGGGCGCGUGGUUUGAGGCCAAGGUCAUCAGGGUGACGAGGAAGGUGCCGGCCCAGGACGAGCCCUGCAGCUCCACCUCCAGCCCAAAGCCGGAGGACGACAUCGUCUAUCACGUGAAAUACGAUGACUACCCGGAGAACGGAGUGGUGCAGAUGAACUCACGGAACGUCCGGGCUCGCGCCCGACACAUCAUCAAAUGGCAGGACCUGGCGGUGGGUCAGACGGUCAUGGUCAACUACAACCCUGACAACCCCAAGGACCGCGGCUUCUGGUACGACGCGGAGAUCCUGCGGAAACGCGAGACCCGGACGGUGCGGGAGCUGCACGCCAACGUCAGGAUCGGGUGAGUCGGUGCCUGCCAGCCUCCGCCCGGCCUCCGCCCGGGCUCGGCCUCCUCUCUGGGUCUCCACACCCCGCCUGGGGAACUGUCUCUGGGCCCCAGGCAGAGAUUUCUAGCUUCCUUGUUCUCUUUGGUUUG